UGGCCACGUUGGUUGGGAGUAUAAAAACGCUCACUUGGCAACUUGAGCGAUGCAGUCCACGAUCGAACCCAUCCCGUUUGAAGCGGUCUAUCAUGCACCGUUUGUGAUGUUGCAUGAAGACGCGUUCCUUCUCGACCUCUUGGCGCUCGACGCGCACUCGUGCAACAUCAAGCUCGAGCACGUAUCCGACUUUGCCACCGACUAUACCGCCGCCACUCCCGUCUUCGCGCCGCAUGCCAUGUAUGUCGACGCAAUCGAGCUCGCGCUUGUCGACGGGGUCAAGAAGACGUGUUCAGUUGCCGACUGCCACCGCGUCGUCCGGUCUCGUGGCGUCUGCAAGCGUCACGGCGGUGGCAAGCGCUGCUCGUUUGCGGGCUGCGGCAAGGAGGCGCAGCACGGCGACUACUGCGUCGGCCACGGCGGUGGCAAGGCGUGCAAAAUUGACAACUGCGUCAACGCGGCGCAGUCCCACGGUCUCUGCAAAGCCCACGGCGGCGGCGCCCGCUGCAAAGUGUUUGGCUGCGACAAGAGCAGCCAAGGCGGUGGCCUCUGCCGCGCGCACGGUGGCGGCAAGCGCUGCAUCGAAGUCGGCUGCACCAAAGGCGCGCAGCGCGCCAACAAGUGCGCACGCCACGGUGGCUGCCGAACGUGCACGGUCGGCGACUGCAACCGCACCGACCGCGGUGGCGGCCUCUGCGAAAUUCACCGCAAAGAGCGCAUGUGCAAAGUCAGCGACUGCAAGCGCCUCGGCAAGAGCAUGGGCAUGUGCACACACCACAUCCGCGAGCUCCGCGCCACGUCCGCAAACUAGUUGAAGCGCGCCUAGAUAGAUAGACCAUUGUAACCAUCCCAUGUAUUUAGCCACAUUUGAACAACACCA